AGGCGAGCCUCACUGAACAGCAGCGUAUCCUCUUUCAUACACACUCUCACACACACACUGUACGCUCCACAUCCCACACACAAAUGCCUGAGCUCUCACACACAUGCGACCCAAUAACAGCUACCACCUCGACACUACGAGCUGGCUUCAUUCUGAGCUCGGAGAUCCUGCUAUCUGCUUAUCGCACAAGAGCGCAGAGGAGAGGCAUCAUCGAAAAGACUAUAUCACCCAUGGAGGCGCGCGGCAGGGGGGAGGGAAGGUGAGUGAACGCUGCCCGGUACAGCUGCUGCCACGGCUGCCUGUGUCACUGCUAUACAGGAGAGAAAGGGAAAAGAAAGAGGAUCAGCUUUUUUGGGGGGAGGAUAUAACCGUGCAUGAGACCAAACCAUUGAGCAGAUGUGGAAGAAACAACAAUCAAGUUCACAUUGUGGGUGUCUGACCCACUAAUUUGACCCUAGCCCAGAGCUAAACGGAGUGCUGAAGGAGGGUCAUGGCGGGGUGCCUGAGCCAGGAUGUUUGCUGGACACUAGUGAUACUCUUCAUCUUGGUAAUGAUUGUUGUGUCACCCAUCCUAGGUCAAGGAUGUCCCCAACGAUGUGAGUGUGUCUCAAAGCUCAAGACAGUGUCCUGUAAUAAUAAAAGACUGAGUGCGCUCCCAGAGGCCAUACCCUCAGACACAAGGAUCUUGGACCUGAGUGGUAAUAAACUUCGCUGGGUUGAACAUGGGGACCUGCUUGCAUAUCCUCGCCUUGAAAAUUUGGACCUAAGUGACAACAUGAUUAGUGUGCUUGAACCCAAUGCAUUUUCAAGUCUUCAGAAUCUGCAGUCUCUCUCUCUUCGGGGAAACCAAUUGAAACUGGUGCCCAUGGGAGCUUUCUCACGUCUUACCAACUUAACUUCACUGGACCUAAGCGGGAAUAAAAUUGUAAUUCUGUUAGACUUUACUUUCCAAGACCUAAAAAGUCUGAAAAAUCUUGAAGUGGGGGACAAUGAUCUUGUUUAUAUUGCAAACAAGGCUUUUAUGGGUCUGGUAGGCCUUAGAGAGCUGACCAUUGAAAGAUGUAAUUUGACUUCUGUGUCUAGCCAGUCAUUGUCUUAUCUGCAUAAUCUUGUGAUUUUACGGCUUCGCUACCUCAGUAUCUCUGCCUUAGAUGAUCAGAACUUUCGUAAGCUAGGAAAUUUGAGGGGCUUGGAGAUCGACCACUGGCCCUUUUUAGAGUACAUCUCCCCUCACAGUCUGCAGGGUCUUAACUUGUCCUGGCUGUCUAUUACACACACCAACAUAACCUCUGUACCCACCUCUGCCCUGCGCAGUCUGGCCCACCUCACCAGUCUCAACCUCUCCUAUAACCCCAUCUCUGUGCUUGAAUCCUGGGCCCUGCGAGACCUCGUCAGACUGAAGGAGCUGCAUUUAGUCAGCACUAACCUUGUGACAGUUCAGCCAUAUGCACUGGGAGGGCUCAGACAAAUCCGCCUCCUUAACUUCUCCACUAACAGCCUGGUGACACUGGAGGAGGGGGCCUUCCAGUCCGUCAACACCUUGGAGACAGUGCGUUUGGAUGGAAACCCGUUAGCCUGUGACUGCCGCCUACUGUGGAUCCUCCAGCGCAGGAAGACGCUAAACUUUGACAGCGCUCCCCCGGUGUGCACAACACCUGUGGAGGUGCAAGGCAGGGCUCUUUCCGCUUUCUCAGACUCGGCUCUUUUUGAACACUUUACUUGUCAAAAGCCCAAAAUCCGUAACAGGAAACUGCAACAGAUAAAUGCCCGCGAGGGACAGGUGGUGUCCUUCAUUUGCAGAGCAGAAGGUGAGCCGGCUCCUGUUAUUUUUUGGAUCUCUCCUCAACGUCGCCGUAUCACCACAAAGAGUACAGGUCGUCUCACUGUCUUACCAGAAGGCACAUUGGAAAUACGCUAUGCUCAAGUUACAGAUAGUGGGACCUAUAUCUGUAUAGCCAGUAAUGCAGGUGGAAAUGACACUUACUUUGCCACUCUUACAGUGAGUGGACUGCCUCUUGAUGCAGCACUCAUGGCAAAUCGUACCUACUACACUGGAGACCUGAAUGAUACAAAUCUAAAUGAUACUAAGGUCUUUUUAAAGUUUACUCUGGAUCUAAAGACCAUCCUCAUAUCCACAGCCAUGGGCUGCAUCAUGUUCCUAGGAGUGGUCCUGUUCUGUUUCAUUCUACUGUUUGUGUGGAGUCGAGGCAGAGGGCAGCACAAAAACAACUUUUCUGUGGAGUAUUCUUUUAGAAAGGUAGAUGGACCUGCAGCCAGCGGAGGACAGGGUGGUGCACGAAAGUUCAACAUGAAGAUGAUAUAAACUUGACUUUUUUU